GAGAACCCCAAAUGAUUCGUUGUAUUAAAAGUUAUGAAUUUUUAUUUCUUAAAAAAUAUGCAUGAAAAUGUGUGUUCAUUAAAACAAAUGCAUCCCAGGUGUUAGUCACGCCCUCAUUUGUCAACGUGCUAUGUUACCCGCAAGGCAUUCUUCCCCUUUAACCGGACACACCUGUUAGCCACUACGAGUGCUUCUAACAAGCAUUUCCAUCUUCAAUUUGGGCACUGAACUGUUAACAGAAGGCAAACUUCAAUUGGAAAAGAACUUGGGCCUAAAAUCCCGGGAAGUGUUAAUUGCAUCGUUGAGCUGCCAAGAAAUGAGUUGGAAGUGAAAGCAGAAGACACAGCACACACACCAUGCCUUCUGCUUCUUCCAAACUCUACGCAGAUGACGUGAGCCUCCUCGUUGUAACGCUAGACACCAACCCUUUCUUCUGGAGCACUUUCCCCUUCCCCUUCGCCGAGUUCCUCUCCCAAGUACUCGCUUUUCUCAACUCGAUCUUGCUCCUCGGCCAGCUCAACCAGGUGAUCGUCAUCGCCACCGGAUGCAACUCUUGCGGCUACAUUUACGAUUCCACUUCCGAUAAGAACCAUGGCUCCACCACCGGUACAAUGCCCGCGCUUUAUUCCAAUUUACUUCACAAUCUCGAUGAGUUUCUCGCUAGGGACCGCCAAUUAGAUGCCGACGCGGCUCACGCACCGGGAACCGUUCCUUCUUCGCUGUUAUCAGGCUCCUUGUCCAUGGCGCUUUGUUAUAUACAGAGAGCUUUUCGUUCGGGACCAAUGCCUCCUCAGCCUCGGAUUUUAUGUUUGCAAGGGGUUGCUGAUGGACCAGAACAGUAUGUGGCAAUCAUGAAUGCAAUUUUCUCUGCACAGCACUCUACAGUUCCUAUAGAUUCUUGUUAUAUUGGUUCAAACAAUUCUGCAUUCCUCCAGCAGGCUUCAUACAUAACUGGUGGAAUAUAUUACAAGCCUCCCCAAUUGGACGGGCUUUAUCAAUAUCUUUCAACAGUGUUUGCAACUGAUUUGCAUUCUCGUGCAUUUUUACGGCUUCCUAAAUCUGUGGGUGUGGAUUUUCGUGCCUCGUGUUUCUGCCAUAAGCAAACAAUUGACAUGGGCUAUGUGUGUUCUGUAUGCUUAUCCAUAUUCUGUGAGCACCAUGAUAAGUGUUCAACCUGUGGGUCUGUAUUUGGCCAGGCUCAACUAGAUGCCUCAGCAGCCGACCGGCAAAGAAAGGCUUGAUGCAUUAUGUUGCAUCUGAGUGCAUAACAUAUUUUGUCACAUUUAUCAAGAGAGCUGAUCGAUUAAAGUUCUUUUCAUACCUGUAGCAUAAUGAAAUUUUGAAAUCAAAUUUCUUUUGCAUCUGUCUUAGUGGGAAACUAAGUUUGUCAUGGAAAUUAUUGUAGGCCUAUAAAAAGUCAGCAUCGAUCUGAAGGUUUCAUUAGUUGCUUAGCAGGAUCUCUCCAUAUUGAGGCUGCAGAAAAGGCAUUUUAUCUGAAAGUUUAAUUCCCUUUGAAA